CGGAGCGGAGCGCGCAUGCGCGGUCGCCUUUGUGUGGGUCGAGCGGCGGCGGUGGCGGCGGCAGUGGCGGUCCCACUGGCAGGCGGGCAAGAGGGGAGUCCGGGCGGCGUCCGGCGUGGGAGCCGGGGGACCACCAUGGUCAAGAAACGGAAAGGCCGCGUCGUGAUCGACUCGGACACGGAGGACAGCGGCAGCGACGAGAACCUGGAUCAGGAGCUGCUGUCCCUGGCAAAACGGAAGCGCAGUGACUCUGAGGAGAAGGAGCCACCCGUGAGUCAGCCUGCGGCCUCAUCAGACUCGGAGACCUCGGACAGUGAUGAUGAGUGGACAUUUGGGAGCAAUAAAAACAAGAAGAAAGGAAAAGCCAGAAAAAUAGAGAAGAAAGGAGCCAUGAAGAAACAAGCCAACAAAACUGCCUCCUCAGGCAGUUCAGACAAAGACAGUUCAGCCGAGAGCUCAGCCCCUGAGGAAGGUGAAGUGUCAGAUUCUGACAGCAACAGCUCCUCGUCCAGCUCCGAUUCUGACUCCUCCUCAGAAGACGAAGAGUUCCACGACGGCUAUGGGGAGGACCUCAUGGGCGAUGAGGAGGACAGGGCCCGUCUAGAGCAGAUGACUGAGAAGGAGCGAGAACAGGAGCUGUUCAAUCGCAUAGAGAAGAGGGAGGUGUUGAAGAGAAGGUUUGAAAUCAAGAAAAAACUAAAAACAGCCAAAAAGAAAGAAAAGAAAGAAAAAAAGAAAAAGCAAGAAGAGGAGCAGGAAAAGAAAAAGCUGACACAGAUUCAAGAAUCUCAGGUAACAUCCCACAAUAAGGAACGGCGUUCCAAGCGGGAUGAAAAACUAGAUAAGAAAUCCCAAGCCAUGGAGGAGCUGAAAGCAGAGCGAGAAAAAAGGAAGAACAGGACAGAGGGUUUGGUCCAUGGUCAGCCAACUCCAUUGCUUCAGACCUAUGGUGAACACAAUGCUGUGGCGAAAGCAAGCUGCACACCUCCUGAGACAGGGAGGCAGAGAGGAUUUUUAAGAGAACCAGAGAGAAAGGGGUCAGCUGAGCUCCUUGCCAAAAAACAGCCAUUAAAAACCAGUGAGGUCUACUCAGACGAUGAGGAGGAGGAAGAGGACGACAAGUCCAGUGAGAAGUCAGACCGCUCAUCCCGAACGUCUUCGUCUGAUGAGGAGGAAGAGAAAGAAGAGCUCCCUCCCAAAUCACAGCCAGUCUCCUUGCCUGAAGAACUGAACCGGGUGCGAUUAUCACGGCAUAAGCUGGAACGCUGGUGUCACAUGCCUUUCUUUGCUAAAACUGUCACAGGAUGUUUCGUUCGGAUUGGCAUUGGAAACCACAACAGUAAACCAGUUUACCGGGUCGCCGAGAUCACAGGUGUUGUAGAAACUGCCAAAGUUUACCAGCUGGGUGGCACCAGAACAAACAAAGGACUGCAGCUACGGCAUGGCAGUGACCAACGAGUGUUCCGCCUAGAGUUUGUCUCCAACCAGGAAUUCACUGAGAGUGAGUUCAUGAAGUGGAAAGAAGCGAUGUUCUCUGCUGGCAUGCAGCUGCCCACUCUCGAUGAAAUCAACAAAAAGGAAUUAUCUAUUAAAGAAGCUCUUAAUUAUAAAUUCAAUGAUCAGGACAUUGAAGAGAUCGUAAAAGAGAAAGAAAGGUUCAGAAAAGCUCCACCCAACUAUGCUAUGAAGAAAACGCAGCUGCUGAAGGAAAAGGCCAUGGCCGAGGACCUGGGAGAUCAGGACAAGGCCAAGCAAAUCCAAGACCAGCUCAACGAGCUGGAGGAACGUGCAGAGGCCCUGGACCGCCAGCGGACCAAGAACAUAUCUGCCAUCAGCUACAUCAACCAGCGGAACCGGGAGUGGAACAUCGUGGAGUCUGAGAAGGCCCUGGUGGCUGAAAGUCACAACAUGAGAAACCAACAGAUGGACCCCUUUACGCGGCGGCAGUGCAAGCCAACCAUUGUUUCCAACUCCAGGGACCCAGCUGUUCAAGCUGCCAUCCUGGCCCAGCUAAAUGCAAAAUACGGUUCUGGAGUGUUACCAGAUGCUCCCAAGGAAAUGAGCAAGGGUCAGGGGAAGGAUAAAGACCUGAACUCUAAGUCAGCCAGUGACCUCUCAGAAGACUUGUUCAAAGUGCACGAUUUUGAUGUGAAGAUCGACCUCCAGGUCCCCAGCUCAGAGUCAAAGGCUUUGGCCAUCACCUCCAAGGCUCCGCCUGCCAAGGAUGGGGCUCCAAGGAGAUCUCUGAACUUAGAAGACUACAAAAAGCGACGGGGACUGAUUUGAGCCCAGCCUGCUGCUUCUGACCCCGCAUGCCCAUCAGUUCCCAGCUUACCUCUUUCCCUCUGAUCUGCCCUCUUCGGGCUGGAGCAGUAGCAGAACUGGGAAGAGACUCCAUGAACUGCCAGUCAUCUGUAAUAUAAACCAUUUGCUGUAUAGACUCCCCGUCUGCACCAUCUCCCACCAACUUCAGGCCCGCCCAGGGUGGAUCUGAGCUCUUGUGGGCUUUUCCAUGUCUUUAGAUUUGUGUUUGCCUUUCUUUUUUUUAACCAGCACAGUUCAUUGGCCACUCUGCACGCAUUCAGUAUUACCACGGAGCUGGGAUCCUUGCUGCGCCCCCGGUGGCCACAGCAGUGGCGUGGGUCAGUCUCCUCCACGCUGCCCCAGACCCAACCACUGAACAUUGCACCUGGCCCUUGCCGAGGGAGUGGGGACUGGGCACCUGCAGCCCCGCUUUCUCUCUCCUCAUCGCGCUCCUCCUCCUGUCUUUUUGGAAGAGGGGUUUUCAAAUCCAAUUUAAUUUCCAAAAAGUGUACAUUUGUGGGGAGGGAGGGGGGUCUAAUUUGAGAGAGAGAGAGUGCGUGUGUAUAUGUGUAUGUAAGUGUGUGGUUUUUUUUAUCAUUUUUUAAAAAUGCAGUACUCUUUGUAUCAGUCUGUCAUGAGUCUAUAGCUGUUUCAGAUUUUUUUCAGCUGUACUUUAGCAUCUGAAACUGCAAGAAAGAAACUCAUUAAAUGUGAUUCUUCUUACUAAACAGGCCUGACUGCUGUAGCUGUACCUUCCUCCCCCACCACCCCCCACCCUAGAGCAAAGCCCCAGGCUGUGUCGUGCCUGUGGGAGGGAGCCCAGGGAAGCAGCAGAAGCACCCCCAUCCUGGGGGUCCCGCCUGCAGCUUCUCUGCUGAACAUGGAGCGUGUGCCUGUCUCUUCUUGGUGAUUCUGUUUUGGCAAGAAUACCAUUUUCUUUUGUUUUUUAAGAGAAAUUCAACACGAAUGUGGAGAGCAAACACAAAAAGAUUUAGGUUGCAAAUGUUAGCGGCCUGUGCCGUUCGUUCGUGUGUCUGCAUAGCUAUAUGGUGAGCGAGGACGUUGUGCGGCUGGGGGAAGCCGGCAGAGAGGUGUGUGUGUCGUUAGGAAAUGUUUGCAAAGAGAUAAGCUGACUGCUCGAUAAUCAUUCUCAGGUGUAAAGCUCCAAGUGUAAAUAAAAGUGGCAUUUAACAAAUCUUUUCAGAACAAAGUACAGCUGACUGUAUAUAUCAGGAACUGAGCUAGAGAAACAGCGGGAGCUGCUGAUUUCCACAAGAGGGAGAGAACUCCAGACGCUCUGCUCUGUACUUCUUCAUUCUACUUUUGUAUACGGAAGGGGGUUCAUGGGAAAUCAUGGAGUUAUGUUGUAUUUAAACAUAAAAAUGAACUUGAUAACACUUCUGGGUUUAGUAGAGCCUCAGUGUUGCUUUAAUUUAGUUUACAUUUUUUAUUUUUAAAAAAGCGGCAAUGGAUGGUUUUAAAGACAUAUUGUGACGGUAAAGUUGGUAAAUGUGAGUGUGGCACGGCUGUGUGGUAGCUGCACGGGGUGGCCGGGCAGAGGAGUGGUGAUGGACUCAUUAAAACCAUAUAUACUUGAAGAGUCCAUCGGCUGAAGCUCUUUAUAGACGGUGUGUAAAUGUGGAAUCACAGACUGUUAAACAUUGCCUGGGCUCCGCAGUCCCGGAGCUGCCGGGACCUCUUCCACCACAUCGAACGCGGACUUUUUUUCUACCUGGUUUCAAAAGACAUGAAAUCAUAGAACCCAUAUAAUUUGCUGGAGUCAUUCUGAUCCACCAUGUAGAUCUGUAUUUAGUAUCAUUUGGAUUUGGAGAAGUGUCAAUUACAUUAUGGCUGUGUAAUAAAAUUUUUAUUAAAACUGCA